AUGGCAGCAACAUCACCUUCGUCUCCAUCGCAGGCCUCCACUGCCUCAGACUCUGACCGGGAUCUCAUAAAGCAGAUAAGGAGCCACGAGGUUGCUAUAGCGGAGCUCAAUAAUCUUCCUUCCUCUCGGGUGGUCUAUCAGAUAAACGGGAAUAUAUUUUUCCGUACAACUGUGCAGAAAGCAACAGCCUUUGAACAGA